CUCAUACCUCAUCAUCUCAUCGAGAACAUUCUGACGUACUCAUAUAAUACCUCCAAGAUUAUAUCCUACAUAGAAGUAAUUGUGGCCUGAUAUCUCCUUCCUCACGACCCCAUAACGCAAGAUGAACAAUAAGAAUGCCGUUCCCAUUCACACUUUAUCUCUCAUCAAGAACCUCAACUAUCAUUCUUCCUGGCCACUCCAAUCUUUGACCACUCAGAGUCAAAUGAAACGGGAGACGCGCGCAUGGUGCAGCGAGAAUCUCAAUUUCAAGGAGCUCGAUCUUCUCUUGUCUCUUUCGGAGCACGUGGUUGAUUCUUCCGAACCCCGCUCCAAGGGGUCCCCUAUGGUCGCCUGUCCUAAACGUCAUUCCAGCUUACCGAUCCAUUUUGACCCUAAGACAAGGAGGCUUUCUUACUCCCGCAAUAACUCUCGAGUUCGACUCCAGAGUACGCUUAGAGGUUCUCAGAUUUUGACCAAUGGCCUUUCUUCAGCGGAUUCGGAAUUGCCCACAGAGGGCUCAAGCGAUGAUACCUCUUGGCCUUGUGCAGAUCUUGGAGCUGAUCUGUGGCGAUCAACAAAGCUCGGUCUCGAUACCUCCCACAAUCCUUCGCUUUCUUUCCCGCUACCUCCCAGGAGAAUCUUGCUUCAGCCUAUGACACAAGGGUCCGAGUUACUCACUCAAGAUGUACCUUCGGGUUCUCUUCAAUCACUGUGUUCAAGAACUUCUUCCUCUCCGGAACUCCGCACUCCAGUCAGAGCCGCCCAUGCAGAAGCAGAAGAUUGCGACCCUUAUCUGGUGUUUGGAAACCAACUUGCACAAUCAUAUCCCCGAGCUAUUGAGCACGUCUCCGAUGACACAUCUCCUUUGAAAGACAGGAAAAAAUCUGUCGACACAGACAGCAGAGAAGAUUCAGAAGGAUUAUAUACAGAUGCCGUUACUUCGUUUUUACGUCUCUCUUUAUUGCCAUCUAGCGUUGAAAAAGAUCCCGCAGUUCGGCAAUCAAUCGCUUUUCCUGAUAGUGGCUUACACAUUCAACCUAGCUCAGAUGACGGAACUGUUUGUUUCAGUGGUAUUCUUCCCUCGGCGAGCUUGAGCCCUGUGGUGGACUACGCCCAAAGCUUUCACAGUGUAAAAGGCUCAAUCGGCUCAACUCUACCAAUGAACGAUGCAUCAUUCUGGUCUACCAAUCUACGGGCUACUGAAAGUCAAAAUACCUUGGACUUGUCCUCUGAUUGUUCGUGGGUAUCAGCUGCGAGUCAUAUCGAAUUCACGGAAGGUGAAACUUUGAGACCGGACGACCCAACAAUUUUCAAUAAGGGAAUGUCAACUUCUACUACACCUAAGGUCUCAGACGGCUCAACGUAUCGCGGAAUAUGCGGGACAAAGAUAAUCAGAGCAACUCCGACUUUGCAGUCCGAUUUAGUUGAGUCUCCUCGGAUCCCUUCAGGCCCGCACAAAGGCACAAUUGGGGAUCAAGUGCUAGGAUACACCCAGCAGGAACCUCACAAUUUUAGAAUCGGACUUGGGUUAGAGGAUCAACAAAUCCGACGAAGAAAGAAUCUUCAAUCAGUACUCGGUGCAGGAUUUCACAUGAAUAUGCUUCAGCCAGAUAUUAUGAAGUUAGAAGCUGCACCGGAGAAAUCUCCUUUGAAGAAUACGUUAUCAUUCUGGACUCGCAAGGUUCAAUCUGCCCCUAAGAAGUUAAAGAAGAUGACACCAAAAACAAUACGGCAGCAUCAGUUGGAAAGCGUGUCUACUCUAGAUGUACAGAUUGCUGUCCAGCAUGGUUAUCACUUCUCCUUUCCAGAAUCCUCAAAUUCAUAGCGAUUAGUGGCCUAGCAGAAGGCUUCAACGUGACUUCAGACCACAUAUUUCGAACUUCAUUCAACUUGAUACUUGUCCAUUUAUAACUUUUCUUUUAUUUGAAAUUGAUUGUGUUUAUGUUAUCAUAAGUGUAUUGAGAAUGUAUUUAUCUCUAUACAGAUGUUAUCUUUUUAGCCAUCUUUUUCCAUUGCAAUAGGUCUAUAUAAAAGUGCAGAUAUUUAGACUACACAUGAUUGUGUCCAAUGCUUUUCUUGGCUUCUUUCAAGUUCUUGAAAUUGUUUUUUCGUUGAUUAUUUCAUUCACUUUAUCUACCUUGCAUUUUAAGACCUCAAGCUUUUACAGCUUGUAGACACCUUUUGUAUCUAUUACAUUCUAGAACUGCUUUGUGAAACAAACUUUGAACACUCGUUAAUUAUCAAUCACUGUGUUGUUUGGCAACUAGAUCGGAUCCAAUGUGCCAAAUGAGGACGGUCUCAU